AUGAAAGGCUCUACCACUGCGCAUUGUGGCGCUCUAUCACGACUCGCGACCUUUUUGACUCUUCUACUGUCUUUUGCGAACACGAUACACGCGACAACGAACACCAUCUGCCGCGGCCAAUGGGGCUUCCUGAACGGCACUGCAGAGCUCCCCAUUGCGCUGGACCAUUUCAUUUCGGAGCAGAAAGGCAUUGAAGCUGAUUGUCUGCCUGCGAGGUCUGGGCAGGGGACGUGUCAUGACGUUGAGGGACUUGUGGGAUUGCAGGGCCAUGGAUUGGGGUUGGCUUGGUGUAACGAUAACGACCACAGACUGUGUCUAAGCCACACCAACCUGGCAAGACGACUGCAGUGGACGAUGUUUACCUGCUGGCAAAUGAGCGAGCAGUUCGCGGGCCAGACCAUGUACGAUGACAACACGAACGUUAUCGUCAAGUCGCUUUAG